AUGAAAUACUGUGUGGUCGGAUUGCUGCUGAUUAUGUUUACAGCAAGCAUCGGAUUUGUUCAUGGCUUGACAUACACUCUAGAUCCAGCAGAAGAAAGAUGCUUCUUUGAAAGCAUUGAUAAACCAUCAAAAUUGUCUUUAAAGUUCCAAGUCAUCAAGGGAGGAUUUUUGGACGUUGAUUUAGUUGUUUUUGAUCCUGACGGAGAAAUUUUGCAUCAACAAGAAAGAGAAUCUGAAGGAAAGUUUUCUGUCAAUGCAGAAAAGAGAGGAAUUUACAAAUUUUGUUUCUCAAACAAGAUUUCUACUCUCACACCAAAGACUGUAUCGUUCCAUAUUUCUGUUGGUGAUUUUGUGGAUGCUAAUAUUGCCAAACUGGAUCAAUUAAACCCAAUUGAACAAACAAUUAUGAAAUUGUCGGAAGGAUUAAGCCAUAUUCAAAACGAGCAGCAAGAAUUCCGCUCAAGAGAGGCUACUCAUAGAAAUAUUUGUGAGGCAACCAAUGAAAGAGUGACAUACUAUAACAUCUUUUCCAUCUUUUUACUUGUUUGCUUGAGCGGUGUACAAGUAUAUUAUUUGAGAAGAUGGUUCGAAGUGAAACGAGAAAUCUAA